AUGGUCCCAAGCAUAGAUAUAAGGAACAAGUGCCCAAAUAUAAAGGAUGGGAAGAACACAUGCCAAUGUAAAGAUGUUUAUCAGAUCAAGGCAUUAAGAGGAACUCUCAAAGGUACUGAUGGGAGAGAUACCGACUAUAGAUAUUGCAAACAUAGGAAUGAAACAAAUGAACUAUUGAUAAAAGAUCUUAACUAUAAUGGACAACCUCUUAAAGUAGAAGAUGGUAGAGGAUCCAAACUAUUAUCCGCUACACAUUCUACAAUAUGGGAGGUAACAACUUACUACUCUUUUGAACAUGACAAAAAUGCACAUGUUAUAAAAGUUCCUCUUAUCCUAGGAGUACGAAGUAAAAUUAGCGAAUAUAAUAGUGACAAUGUUACUUGGUAUGAAAAUUCCAGUAUUAAUGGAGAUAACCUGACAUGGAAGAGGAUUGAUGACCCAGGGACUGAGAAUGAAUAUCCUAAAACAGACAAAGAACAUGCCACUACCGAAGGCUUUACUAAGAAGCUAAAUGAGCUUACUUGUAAUCUGCACAAACUUCAUAUCGUCGACAUUUACAGGACAAGUAGCUAUGACUGUGCAUGUAGUAAUGCCCAUGUCACAGUUAUUCCCGAUAAAGGAACUACUCUUCCUGGAUAUACCAAAUAUAACUACCAAUACACCAGUAGUGAAAAUUUUGUUAGAUACAAAAGAGUUAACAUUAAAGAUGGAGAUGAUGACAAACCCCUUACACUCAACCACCGGACUCCUAAGCUAUCUGUCUACUACUGGGAUGCAGACAAGAAGCGUAGAAAGAAACCCCUACUUAUGGAAGUAUAUGUUGGAGGUGAGAAACUUCUUGAAGGUCAUGAUGAUACGCCAGUUCUUGUUUUUAAUAGUGGAGUAAAAGAUAACAGUAAGUGGACUAUGGACGUAGGAUCUGUAUCUGCAGAUACCCUCCACAAACAAAAGUGCAAACUUUUCCAUCCAGUGAUCAUAGAUGUCACUAGGACUACCAGAUCAUAUCCUAAUCCAUACUGUAUAAAGGAAGGUUACAAGAAUGGAGAAUGUCCUAAUAAGGAUUCCCCUCAUGAAGUAGAGGUUGAAAAGUGCGAUGGUUCUAUAUUUGAGUUAACAAGCUGUACUGGCUGGAAACACACCUAUGGUAAGAAAGGGGAGCCUUUUACCGUCACGAAGUUCAUAGGAGGACUAGGCACAGAUCUGAUAAACUUUCCAAUAUGGAAUGCUAGAGAAGUUAUAGUCUUCUUUGCCUCUUGUGAUAAACCUGAUGAUCCAGCUACCAAAAUACCUCUCCAGAUUUACGUUAAGAGCGAAAAUGGAGCUAUUAGGAAGUGGCAAAGGAGCGAGGAUAGAGACGGUGGCGAGUGGAAGGUGGAGAGUAUACUAGGAAAUAAUCCCCCUGAUACAACUAUGAGUCUUAAAAGUAAUCCAGGGACUGCUAAAGAACAAGAGCAACAACAUAAUGAUGAUCUUUCUGAGGAAGAAGAGGAAGGAUAUAUAGAGAAAAUUGAACAAUCUGAAUCUAGUCCGUCCUCAUCUCAACAAACUCUUUCUCCUACUGAGCUAAAAGAACCUGAGAUUGAACAAGGUGGUGCUAGAGAAGGUGAAAUUGUUCUAGAAGAGAAAAAAGUUCCGGAAAAACUUGAAACUACUGCUCCAGUUCCUGGACCUAUAGUUGAUAAUAAAGCUAUCAGUGAAGCUGGUGAAGCCCCUACUACUGCUUCUGGUCUUACUCCUGAACCUGCUCCUCCUAAAGCACCUCCUACUUCUGGUACCGUAGCUACUACUACUGUUCAUAGUGGAAGUAAUUUUGUAGAUGAAGGCUCAUCUCGAACAGAUACUGGUGAUACUCCUGGACCUAAAGAGGCUCAUUCUCAAAAUACUCUUCCUACUGCUCAAGAAUCUGAAGCUCUUAAUAACCUUGGAGCUGGAGGAAACUCUGGCGGAGAAAAUACUAUAUCUAGAAAAUCAGGAACCGAUGAAUCUGUACUAUGGAAGCUUUUCUCUGCUACCACCAGGUUUCUUAGUGAAGCAGAACAUCUCAGAUCAACCAUGGCUGGGUUGGCUGGAUUAGGUAUUACAACCGCAGCCUAUAACCUUGUUCAUGGUAUUGAAGGACUUGGAAGAACACUUGCAGCUACAGGAAUUAUCGGUAGAGCAACUGCUCCUACUGACACCUCUACAUCUCUAUCUCUAAAAAUACCAAAGGUUGAUGUUGAACAAUCUGGAUAUUCUCAACGAGCUACUGAUGUAGAUGGUCAAGAUGGUGAUCCUGAUCCUAAAGCUCUUGGUGAAUCUACUGAAGCUAAAGCUCAACCCGCUGCUCAAACUGCUGCUCUAGGUCAGGACGAUUCUGGCCCUUCUCCAGGCUCUCUAGACUCUUCUGUAACUGGCUCUACUCGUAAUCCUACUACUACUAAGAUAGUUGUCUCUGUAACUACGGGCAUUCUUGGUACUUCUGCCUUGGCUUGUUUCACUGGAUGGAAACUUUAUAAUCGCUAUAAGGGAGACCCUUGGGUUAGACAGAUUUAG